CGCAAGUGCUUUCCACAUUCACCCUUGGGCACGACUCUUCAACAUUACCCAUUGCACCGUCCGCAUGCGCCGAAUGACGUGCUGCUGCCUCGCAUCAACACAUUGAACUUUGAGCUUCCGCGAUCGGCCAGAAGUCCUCCUCACAAAGCCAGCAGCCCUCCUUCCUCGCUCUGCACCUCGCUCCUGGCCACAGGUAGCUUCCCGACGACUGGUCGCUACAAGGCCCUGACCAUUAUCACCAGCGAAGCAGUCGUCAUCGCGCACGCGCCUUCCGUCCUUGGGGAUCGUCUCGAAAACUUGCAAAGGAAAAAUGGCGGACGUGGACGACGAGUUCCUUGCCCUCGUCGGUGGCGACGAGUCUGACGAUGAAGUCUCCGCGCACAGUCGCGCGGCCUCGGAGCCGCCAGGCAGUGAUGGCGAGGCCGAGACAUUGCAAAAGUCAAAGAGGAGGAAACAGAACGACUCUGACGAGGAAGAAGGCGAAGCCUCCGACGUAGCCUCCGUCGCGUCUCAAGAGUCCGCCCCCAUGGACGAAUCCGACUCCGACAAUGAAGGUCCCUCGACAAGUCAGCUCAAUGGCAAAAUGAGCGCCAACGACGAUGACAGUACUGCCUACCCCGUCGACGGCAUAUACGUCAGCGUAGCCGAGAAACACAAGAUCCUCGCCAUGCCAGAGCUCGAGAGAGAGCAGCUUCUCGCCAAACGUCAAGAAGACGUCGAUCGACAAAGGCAGAACACCCUUCUGCGUGCACUUCUGAAGAACAGAGAGGACGACAGCCAGUCUGCCAAGAAGCGCAAAGCCGGCAGCGAGGAGCCGGAAGAGUCUGCGCGCAAGACGUCCAGACAGCGCACCAAGGUCGGAGGCUCAAAGGUCGGCGAGACCAGCUCUGGCAUCGAGUCUUUGCGACGUGCCCGUGCUGAGAAGAACGACCGUAUCCGGCGGAGAGAGGAGGACCGUGAAAGGAACAAGGACCGCUCGAUCUCGUUCGCACGGGGAGAUUCGGAAGAUCGUGACGAUGAUAGCGAUGUCGACUGGUCUGGUGGUAAUAGGCGCCGAGACUCCGCUUCCAGAACGCCCGAGGUGAAGGAGAUUCCUGUUGCCGAGCUCAGGGAUAUCGAGCGCGUUAGGCUGGGACGGCACCGCUUCGCCGAAGUCUGUUUCUUUCCGGGGUUCGACGCUGCAAUCACUGGAUGCUUUGUCCGGAUAUCCAUCGGUCCAGACCGUGAUGGAGUGCCAGUUUAUCGCAUGGCUGUCAUUAAGGGGUUUACCCAAGGAAAGCCAUACGCAAUGGAGAAGUCAAACGGUCAGACUUUUGUCACCGACCAAUAUCUCAGAGCAGCACACGGAAAGGCUGAGCGGGAAUGGCCUUUCAUCAUGUGCUCAGAAUCGCCAUUCACAGAGGCCGAGUUUAACCGCUACAAGGCUGUCUGCCAAGAUGAAGGAGUCUUCUUCCCAAAGAAGCCAACACUUAUGUCGAAAGCCGAUGACAUCAACAAGCUCAUCAACCGGACUUGGACGGAUGCUGAGAUUAACGAGAAAAUCGAACGCCAGAAGGCGCUGCGCGACAAGUACGCGCCGGACGAGCGGAACCGUGUAACCAAGGCUCUUGAGGAAGCCCGGAAACGCGGCGACCAUGCCAAGGUGUCUGAGCUUGAAGCCAAGCUGGACACAAUAGAAGUCCCACGGCUUGCUCACAGCACAAGCCUGACGCCAGCCAAGCCAUCCUCAAGCUCGACUUUGUCACAACAGGACCGUCUCGCCCAGCUCAACAUUGAGAACCGCAGAAAGAACGCCGAGAAGGUUCGCAAAGCGCAAGUCGCCGAACGCGCUCGUGACGUGGAAGCGCGCAUGUCACGCGCUGAAGCUCUUGCGACGCAGGCAAGCCAGACUACCAGCGGGACUUCGACUCCUGCUAACGGCACGUCGACGACGAGCGGCGGCGGACUGCCUCACUUGGCGAAGUUGAAGCUGCAGAAUCACGAGUCUGAAAAGGACAAGAAGGGUAUCCCGCAGAUCCACAAGCCUCUGGUGGACGAUGAUAUUAUCGCGGCCAUUGAUCUCGAUAUUGAUGUUGAGAUUGACUGAACGAUGGUAAGGCUGCUGGGGUCGAGGCGGAUGGUGUCUCCCUUCACUGGCCUCUAGGGGCGAGUUGGGUUACCAAAUUCGUUAUGGUAAUAUACAUACUAUGUAACACUUCAAAAGCGGGCGGCAGAGGGGCGCAAUAGAUCGACCAGCUUGCAUUUUCGAAUAUUAGCAACUCUUAAGGAAAAAGCAUUGCCCGGGCGGGCGCCAGGUUACAACAAACGAAUAUAGUCCUUUUUGGAACAAGUUUACUCUGUGUCUACCCCUGCGUAUACAUAAAACUAUUUAUAUA